AUGAUCAUUCGUUCAUUUUCACAGCGCGUCCGCGCGACUGCUUUUAUUGAUCGUUUGGAUGUGACAUCUCAAUCCACACCCGAUUACCAAUCGAUCACGAUUAUCGUCCACUCCUUUGCAAGUCCUGUUGUAGCCGGUCUGAUUAAUCGUUUCGGCUGUCGAUUGGUGGCCAUUUUUGGUGGGCUCCUCGCGUCCGCCGCUUUGUUCAUCAGUUCGUUUGCUACAAACAUGGAUUUUCUGCUUUGUACGUUCGGCGUACUUGCUGGCGCUUCAUUCGGUUUGUUUCAUCUUCCCGCCAUGAUCUCGGUCAAUCUGUACUUCAAUCGACGCCGAGCUAUGGCCAAUGGAAUAGCUGUGGUCUACCACUGGUCAAAUACAUUCAUUAUUUUUGCGGGCCUUCUGCUGCAUUGCGUUGCUCUCGCUUGUCUCUAUCGGCCACUUUUACCUGUCGUCAAAUUGUGUGGCGUAAACACGCAGUCCGUUCCCGAAGGAUUAGAUGAUCUGAUAGCUGAGGAACUAAAUUCCUGCUUUUUUACUUCAAAUGGUUACAUUCGAUCCGCAGCUGCAUUUGCAUCUAACGGUCGGAUCUCUCAGCCAUUGGUAGAAGUGGACGAACCAAUGGAGACGAAGGCCUUAUCGCGUAACGAGAUUACAGGAUUCUCUGAUAAAGAGGCGCAUGAUGCCAAUUCCAUUCAGCCAAUAAAAUCCAAUGAAAAGAAAAUGCAGAUGUCUAGCGAUCUACAUCAGAGUGAAGACGAAUGUGAAUCAAACCGUGGAAGCAGAAGUUUGGCCUUCCCCCAGACUACGAGUCCAGUCAAUCUUAUUAGAACCGAUUCGAAUAAAUCCGCUCUGUCUGCUCCAAUUGUUGUACCUGCCUGUGUCAGCGAUGAGGAGCACAACGAGCAGACAGUAUAUAUUGAAGAGCAAGAGGAUAUAUGUAACGAAAAAAUAGAGCAACCUCUUUUGGUGGACAAAGAGGAAGAUACCCAAAAGACUGAAACGGAAACCUCAUUGAAUUUGGAAAAUCAAGCUUCUGAUCGGUGUCAAUCAAACUCUGAGAACCAACAGUCAAAAGAAAAAAACAGACCAGCUGGACUAAGCAUUACUUUGACAGAAACAAGCGGAUUGAUCGAUGCCCCUUUGAUCAAAAAUCAAACUGGUCUUGAAACAAAAAUUGUGCCAUUCGGGAGCUCGUCUCAUGUUUCGUGCAUCUUGUCAACACCUUGUUUAGGGGGCUUCUAUGGUUACGCAGAUCGAAAUUCCGGUAUCGUUCUAAGAUCACCGAUUGGUCAUCAAGGUAACCGACUGCGUCACCCAGUUAGAAACAUAUCUUCAAGAAACCGCUAUCGUUUACAGCAACAAUCAAGCCCUGGCAACAAUCCCAUCAGUCCGAAUGCGCAAAGUUUCUCUUCGCGUUUACGCAAAAAUCUCUCCGGAAUUCCCACCAUUGAAGAAGGCCAUGUUCUGGAGCAUGUUUCAACGAACGCGACCGACCAGGCUACCGCGGAUCACACCUUGGGUGUGGCAGAUAGUGCGCGUGAUUACAGUUCGUCUAUCACGGUUGCUGGCAUAACCAAAGAGUUCGUCCGACGUCAUCAAUUACGAGGUUCUCCUUCAAUCAUCUCCGGCGCACUGCAUCAGUCCGCUUUCAGUGGACUCACGACUUCAGCACUAAAGAUUGAGUUGGUCAGAAUGGAUGAUAAACCGGCUGUGGUAGUGUUACCGCAUCCAGAUGUAUCUAUUCGAGAUUACAGUCGACCAAUGUACCGGAGUGACAUAUUUUACAGUGGGAAUGUUGACCCUGCACUGGCAAUGGCAACCUGUACCCCUACAAUGCAAAAACGCCCACGGGGAGUUGGUUCACAAUCACGUUUACCCGAACUCUUUGCCUCAGCUUUCAGUUUACGACCUGAUAAUAUGUCUCGACGCAUGUCUGUAACGCGUCAAGAUGCUGCAGCUCGCGUCCCUUUGUCUGUUGAUCCAGAGACGACAUUGUGGAACUCACAACCAAAUUGGUACGAAUCCUACCUGAUCUCGUUGACUCGCAUUCCUGUAGGUCCAGUGGACUACACUGAGCAUCCAGGUAUCCGAAACCCAUGCAAUUGGAACGAUUGCUGUGGGCUAUUUCGGCUUUGUUGUGGUAAUCCGGAGAACGUAAUUGACGAUGCGGGUUCAGUGCAGCCAAUAUCUAUCUGUGACUGUUGUCUCACAUGUAUUCGCCGAUUACGCGACUGCCGUUUCCCUCUUGGACGGUCCUGGUCAAAAUCGGAUGUCAAACAAUUUAAAAAGGAUGAACGAGAAUCCUCAGGAUACUCGAACAAGUUCGAUGCGGCAGGUGAUGUUGUUUCUGAAACAGCCAGUAACACGGUUACGCGCCAGACUAAAUGUCACCGCGGUUUAUGUGUCAAUAAAUCUUUCAUGGAUAUACUUAAGAAUAUGACGGAUCUGCAACUCAUACGGAAUAAGGGUUAUCGUUUGGCAUUCAUCGCUAACUUCUUCGCUAUCUUAGGAAGAGAUGCUGUUAUCUUCCACUUGGCUACUGAGGCGUUACGCGAGUCGCCCGUACGCUCGUUGGAUUGGGUUCAGGGUAUAUGUGAACUGGGAACCUAUGUGCCACUUAUCUAUGUGACCGACUUCGCUGUUCAAAAUGGUAUUCCUGCAAAUAUGUGCUCGUAUCUCAUCUCCAUUAUGGGUCUGGUCAGCAUCGUGGGUCGGCUGUCUUUUGCUUGGAUAAUUGGACUGUUCGGCAUCCGGCCAAUCAUAGUACAAACAAUCACUUCAUCCUUGUUGGGUUUGCUGAUCGCAUUGAUGCCGUUGUUCGUUACCUUCUCGUCUCAGGCAACUGCCUUUGGCCUGAUGGGUUUACUCAGCGGACCACUCGCUUCACUGAGCACAAUUAUUUUGUGUGACUUGGUCGGGGUGGAUGCACUGACCACUGCGGUUGGCUUAGUUACACUCAGUCGAGGUUUGUCCAGUGUGCUCGGAGCCCCACUUGCUGGUACGUUUUGUAAACGCGAGUAA